AAAACUGAUCAUGUACUAUUCUAAACUCAAUCAUAAGAAUAGAUCCUUCUAGCUCAAGCUUGACCUAGCUACUUAUAUUUACAACUAUUUAUAUAGUUAUAAACCACAAAGAGAAUUGAAAAGAAAAAUAGAAGCUGAGCGAAGACAACAUGAAGCUGCUAAGUUGGAUGCGAACAAUAAAGCCAAAUGGCUUAAACCCAUCAAAGGAGUUCAAAGGUGAUUUCUGUUGUCUAAGAGCUCAGGUUUCCGAAGUCCAAGACAUCCGCACAAACUCCUUUUCCUUCUACGGACACUCUCAUGCCCCGAAUCCACUCAAAGUUGAACAAGAUCUUCGGUUUGAUGAAGACGGGUUUUGCGGAUUUCUAGCGAUCGGGACGCUUGGUACAGAGCCUGAGACACCAAAGUUCUCAGCUAUGGUUUCAGAAGAAGAUGUAACCGGAGAAAGAAAGGAAAUGGCCAAGCUCAUUACUGAGAAACUAGACAAGUUUCUUAAGGAAUAUCCUGAGAAUACUAGCAGUAAUCGGGUCGAAAGAUCGAAUGCAAAAGAAGACAGAGAUUCCCAUGGAUGUUCUCUACAAGAUUAUGAUCUCUUUCGAUCAUCCAUUGAGCUUACGAAGAGAAGCAAUGGAAGAGUAAAGAAGAAAAAGAGUUUACUUACUAGUCUCUUCAAGAUGAGACAAAGAGUACAAGGAGAGCCUUACAUAGAGAAACAUAGCACAAGAGAUGCGAUUAAAAGGGUAUUUAAAAAGCUUCAUGGAUCUUCUUCAAGGACAAGAAAUAAUGAUGAAGAUGAUUCUAUGCCCAAGGAGAAGAAAGCUCUUAAAAAGAGUGUUCAAACUUGCCGGAGUAAAGUCCACCCUGUUCUCUAUACACCUGCAACUGCAAGAGACGAUAAUGAGAUAGAUGACAGAAGAAAAGUGGAUCUAAAGGUCCCUAAUCUUACUGAAGGGUUUCUCGGUGCAAGUUCCAUCUCCGAAGCGAACAGGAAUCGCGAAAACUGGAUUAAGACCGACACAGAGUAUCUUGUUCUGGAGCUGUGAAGAUAAAUACUCACUGCGACAAACCUCCAUUGAUGUUCCAAGCAAAGCUCUCUCCUAUCAAAUCCAUAUAUAAUAUACAAAAAAUCAGAAUUUAUUACUGUGUAGUUAAAGGGGUUAUGUACUCUAGUUUAAGUUAAGGCAAUGUAAAAGAAGCUCAUGUAAAAUGCUCUGGUCCCUGGCCUGAGGGGAUGUACGGGCCUAGGCCUAGAACCUCUUAGUUAUUAAAAAAAAAAAGAAGUUCAUGUAUAAAAGUACUGUACCCGAAUUUAAACCGCAUUUGAAGUAGCACCUAUAAGUGAUUUGGCCA